AUGCUAAGACUAGUUUCGCGCUCUUUUUCCCCAUAUAUUACAACAAGAAUCCCAAUUACCCGCAAAAUCUCAUCGUCAAAUAUGUAUGCUGCCCAAAGUAAGAUAAAAGUUCAAAAAUUGAUCAAAGAAAAACCAAUUCUCAUUUUCUCAAAAACUUUUUGCCCAUACUGUACACAAACAAAACAUACAAUUGAAGGGAUCACCAAGGAUGCUUACAUUCUCGAGUUAGACGAUUUGGGAGAUGGUCAAGAUAUUCAAGAAACCUUGGCUGAAUUGACAGGACAAAACACCGUCCCAAGCGUCUUCAUUGGUGGCGAACACAUUGGUGGCAACUCCGAUGUUCAAACCUUGAACGAGCAAGGUAAAUUGGCAGAAAAGAUCAGAGCCGUGUCAUAA